AUGUUACCUCAAUCGAGCACAUGUGUGCCUGUAUCUAAUGACGUACUUAAUUCCUCGUCGACAACUGACUCAACUAUAAAACAAGAAGACAAUGGCGUUAAAAGAAGCCAACAACAAGAGGAAUGGUUUCAAUUUAUUGAUGACGUGACUUUGUUACCUUUAAAGGGUGACGAAGAUGGUGAAUUCGAGCUUGAAGACGUUCAUCAAGAUACUUCUAGUCUAGGGAAUGAUGUGGCGCGGGAGAUCAAAUUCUCUGAACACAAGAAUGAAAACAAACACUUAAUCGUUGAUAGUAACAUCUCAUUAUCUGGUGAUUCAGUCAAUACGGAUAAAGUGACUGAUUCUAUUCCACAAAAUAAAUCAAUUGAUUUGUCAUCAUCUGUAACACCUGAUAAAAAUGAUAAUGAACAUCCUUUCGUAUCUUCGGAUUUUGAUGAUUUACCGAAAACAAAGUACGGUCGAAAAGUUCACAAGCCUGUGUUAUUUACUCCCGAUGUUAAAAGACUGUCAAAUGAAAAUAGGAAUAAGAAUACAAGCAAGCGUCAACGGAAUAUAAAUGCUUCUUCACAUGCAUCAACUAAUGGGGAUCAAGAUGCUACAGAUGAUAUCGUGUGUAGCAUUUGUAGGAAUGGUCGUUCGCCUAAGCAUAAUCGUAUAGUAUUAUGUGAUAUGUGUGACGUUCCUUAUCAUCAACGAUGUCAUAAGCCACCUAUUGAAGAUCGUGUGAUUGAAAUACCUGAUGCCGAAUGGAUGUGCGCAAAAUGUGAGGAGAUACUUCGAAGCCGUAAGCGAAGGAAAGUGAACAGUUCAAGUACAUCUUCAUCUGGCUCGGUAUCCGUUUCUUCCGAUAUUUUUAAAGGUAGUUCAGGAAACGGUUUAACGGAAGAACAGAAAGUUGCAUAUCUGUCAUCUUUACCCCAGCGAGUCUUGAUUGAUCUUAUACUCAUUGCUGAAAAAUUACACCCGGAUCUUCCUUUAUACCCUGCGGAUAUAAAAGAAAAAAUCGCGAAUAAUGCUUAUGCUAUUACGCCUACAUCUAAUCAAAAUCAUUCCUUGGUAGACGAUAGGCUGACAUCUGUUUCAAAUUUAGCAUCUCUUCAAUCACCUGAUAUGCAGGUUCCCAUUUCUACCCCAGUUUCGCAAGGUUUUGUGACCGAUUUUUCACGUGCUCAUUUACCAGCUGUCGGCGUUGAUUUACCAUCUUACGAAGAAAUGAUUGUACAAGCUCUAACUUCCAUAGCAGAUCCGUCCGGAAGUGCUCCUCGUAGUAUUUUUGAAUGGAUGAAUAAUACGUAUCCAUUACAUAAAAACUUCCGCGCGUCUGCUUCUCAAGCAUUACAAAAGUCGGUUAAAAAAGAGCGUAUACUCCGAAUCGGAACUGUAUACAAGCUUAAUUCUAAUUAUAAACCAGUUAAACGAGUUCGCAGAUUUUUUAAGAGACCACAAGAUUCUGAAGAAGGUCAACCGUUCAAAGGUAUUUCUUCAGAUAAUAAUACCUCCGAUCACAAUAAUCGAAAUGGUAUAUAUGAAAUUGCCGUGAGGAUGAGCAAUACGGAUAGCUUCUCAUCCGUUCAAGUUGACGUUGAUGAUCAUCCAAGCUUAUCUUCGUCUGCGGUCUCAACUCCUGUUCCUAAUGUUGUCUCCAAUGGCCAUACUGCGGUUACUUCUCCCGAGAAUGAUUUACCUACGGAUGACAUACCUAAUAAGGUAGCUCCCACUAUUAGCACAGUUGCUCCAAAUCAGUCCAUGCUGCCGCCAGUAAUAGGUCGUAACACGACACCUUCACUCACUAAUACAACAAUUAAUAGCACUACUGAUCUGCCUUCAACGCUUCUUCCUCCACCUGGGCAGCCGACAUUACCUUCUUUAAGCUCCGUGGCACCUUACUUUAGUUCAAAUUAUGGUGGAAAUAAUGGUUCUGGCUCUAUGUUCUCAACAUACCGCUUGUAA